AUGGCCUCUUCAAUUUUUGUGCCUUCAUCCAUAAUGGAAGAAGAAGCAAGAUUCGAAUCCGAAGUAGCAGAGGUUCAAGCAUGGUGGAACUCCGAGAGAUUCAAACUAACCAAAAGACCGUACUCAGCUAAAGAUGUAGUUUCCUUAAGAGGAAACCUAAGACAAACCUAUGCGUCAGGCGAGUUAUCCAAAAAGCUAUGGAAUCUUCUCAAAACUCACCAAACCAACGGAACAGCAUCAAGAACAUUUGGUGCACUUGAUCCAGUUCAAGUCACUCAAAUGGCAAAACAUUUAGACACGAUUUACGUCUCGGGUUGGCAGUGUUCAUCCACACACACAUCAACAAACGAACCCGGUCCUGAUCUGGCGGAUUAUCCUUACGACACUGUCCCCAACAAAGUUGAGCAUCUUUUCUUUGCUCAGCAGUAUCAUGACAGAAAGCAAAGAGAAGAGAGGAUGGGUAUGAGACGAGAAGAUCGAGCGCGGACGCCUUUUGUUGAUUAUUUGAGACCAAUUAUAGCUGAUGGUGAUACUGGCUUUGGCGGUACCACAGCAACUGUUAAGCUUUGUAAGCUAUUCGUCGAACGCGGUGCUGCUGGUGUUCAUAUCGAGGAUCAAUCUUCUGUGACGAAGAAAUGCGGUCACAUGGCAGGGAAAGUCUUGGUUGCGGUUAGUGAACAUAUUAACAGGCUUGUUGCUGCUAGGCUUCAGUUUGAUGUUAUGGAUGUUGAAACUGUUUUGGUAGUUAGAACCGAUGCUGUUGCUGCUAAUCUUAUUCAAUCCAAUAUCGAUACCAGGGAUCAUCAGUUUAUUUUGGGAGUCACGAAUCAGAAUAUGAAGUGGAAGAGUUUAGCGUCGGUUAUGGCGCAAGGGUUCGCGGCUGGCAAGACUGGACCCGAGCUUCAGGCAUUGGAGGAUUAUUGGUUGUUGAAUGCGGAACUAAAGACUUUCUCGGAAGCAGUAAUGGAUGCUAUUAAGAAUCAAAAUUGUAACGAGGAGGAGAAAAUGAAGAAGUUGAAUGAGUGGAAGCAUUGUUCGAGCUACGAUAAGUGUCUUUCAAUUGAGGAAGGAAGGAAAAUUGCAGAGAGAUUAGGUGUGAGGAGGUUGUUUUGGGAUUGGGACUUACCUAGAACAAGAGAAGGGUUUUACAGGUUUAAAGGCUCUGUGGCCGCGGCUAUUGUUCGCGGUUGUGCAUUCGCGCCACACGCGGAUCUUAUAUGGAUGGAAACAGCGAGUCCGAAUGUGGCUGAAUGCACACAGUUUGCUGAAGGUGUGAGAUCAAAGCAUCCAGAGAUGAUGCUUGGUUACAAUCUUUCGCCGUCGUUUAAUUGGGAUGCUUCUGGCAUGAAUGAUGUGGAAAUGAGAGAUUUCAUUCCUAAGAUUGCUGAGUUAGGAUAUGUUUGGCAGUUCAUAACUGUUGGUGGUUUGCAUUGUAAUGCGUUAAUCACUUCAAUGUUUGCUAAGGAUUUUGCUAGCAGGGGAAUGUUGGCUUAUGUUGAAAGGAUUCAAAGAGAGGAAAGGAAGAAUGGUGUUGAUACACUUGCUCAUCAGAAAUGGGCUGGUGCUAAUUACUAUGAUAGGUAUCUCAAAACUAUCCAAGGAGGUGUUGCGUCAACCGCCGCAAUGGGGAAAGGAGUCACUGAAGAGCAAUUUAAGGAAACAUGGACUAGGCCAGGAGCAGUGGGAAUUGAUGGAGAUAAUGGCAGCAUGGUGGUUGCAAAGGCAAGAAUGUGA